UUUUCGGGGCGUAUACAAGAUUGUUACACAGCAUGAAGCCUCAUAUAAAAAGGGAUCGAGCGAGCAACUAAAAUCAGUUCUUCCAACAAAGGCGGUGCAGUAAAGCGGCGAAAUCAUGAAGACAGUACUGACGCUUGUUUGCAUUAUAUCUGCUGCCCACUACGUGACUGCGGAUUGCAGUUUGCUGAAGACUUUCACCACCGAGCUGCAGCCGAAUUGUUCUGCAAACGAUAUUUAUAUUAAAUUUCCUAACUACGCAAAUCAAAGCACUUAUUAUUCAUGUUUACAAGUUGGAAAGGCACAAGUGGUACCCUGCCCAGCGGGAUAUUAUUUUAUAUAUGUGAUGCAGCAAUGUGGCCCAUGUGCCAGCUAUAUUCCACCAGUUCCGUGUGAACAACUCAAAACACAAAAUCCGCCAAUUUGCGUAGCCAUUGGAUCGAGCAACAGUAGCACAACAAUAGCUUCAUCUACUGGCACUUCUAAUUAUCCUACACCUGUCUAUCCAUCUACGUCACAGUCAACGACAGCAACAGCAACAGCAACAACAGCAACUACGACAAACUCAAGAAGAACAACUACUACUGCAGUAACACCGCCAACUGUGACAGUGACCACUGCAGCUACAACUGUUACAACUAGCAUUCCCAGGACCUCCUAGUCCAGCUACAUCCAAUCCAAAUGUUCCUGUACCACCAACACCCGCUCCAACGCCACCAACCAUUGAAGAUGGAG